AUGCCCUACUUGGAGCAAGCUGGAUUCGGGUCAGCAGCAUUGAUCCGGACGUUCGACUUGCGAUACGAUUUAAUAUCUGCACUAGUGGAACGGUGGCGCCCGGAGGCCCACACUUUUCAUUUUCCGUGUGGGGAGUGCACAGUGACUUUAGAGGAUGUUGCACUGCAGCUUGGGCUCGCAAUCGACGGGAGUCCCGUAACGGGAGUAAGUACAUUUGCUGAACCGGCUGCACUAUGUUAUAGCCUACUAGGAAACUCACCCAACGAUGAUGAGUCAAAUUUUUUGGGCUUGAAAGGCAAAUUUGGACACUUAUUAACUAAUGCCACUGAAGGAGAGUUGAUGUGCGCUGCUCAAGUGCACAUCAUGCAUAUUAUAGGGGGAGUAUUGAUGCUCGAUUCAAACAACAACAAUGUUCAUAUCAUGUACUUACCUCUAUUAGCUGAUUUGAGUAAUGUUCGCUCGUAUAGCUGGGGCUCCGCAGUUCUGGCAAUGUUGUAUCACCGACAAAGCCUGCUGUCGUAG